AUGCCGGUAAACCGCUACGAGUCUGUUCCCUCUCCUAUCUCACUCCUUGGUCAACCUCUCAAGUUCGAGUUCUCGGGAAGAGUAGCGAAAAAUCGGUUUUACAAGGCGUCUAUGAUCGAGUGCCUAGCCACCUGGAGUCCGACGAAUCUUGAGGAACGCGGCAUCCCGACCAAAGAGCUCAUUGAGCUAUAUCGAAGAUGGGGAGAGAACGAAUGGGGUAUCAUUGGCACUGGUAGCAUUGAUAUCGAGUUCGAUAUGGUAGGCUAUGUCGGUGAUGGUAUCAUCACCCCUGAAUGUCCCCUUUCAGGUCCGCGUUUUGAGGCCUUUAAGGAAGUGGCAGCCGCGGCUAAGGCAAACGGCAGCUUGAUCCUCGGGCAGAUUAACCAUCCUGGGCGCCAGCUGUUUGCUAAGAUGAGAAAAGAUACGAUUUCGGCGUCGGCAAUACAGAUGCCACCAAAGACGGGCGCAUACGCUGUUCCCCGCGAGGCUACGAAAGAUGAUAUCGCGCGCAUCAUUGAUGGGUUCUCCUACGCUGCCGAAUAUCUCCAGAAAGCAGGGUUUGACGGCAUCGAAAUUCAUGGAGCACACGGGUAUCUGGUUGCCCAAUUCCUCUCGGAACUAUCGAAUCAGCGUACCGACAAGUACGGUGGUAGUCUCGAAAACCGUAUGCGCCUCGUGGUUGAGAUCGCCGAGGAAAUCAGAAGGAGAACAGAGCCAGGUUUCAUCCUCGGAAUCAAGCUAAAUUCUGUCGAAUUUCAAGAAAAGGGAAUCAAACCGGCAGAAGCCAAGGUCAUGUGCGAGAAAUUGCAAGAGCUGGGUUUCGAUUUCGUCGAGCUCUCGGGCGGCAACCACGAGGAAAUCGGCUACGGGAGCACGAAAGAGUCGACGCUGAAGCGAGAGGCUUACUUUCUCGAGUUUGUCCGCGACAUUGUGCCGCACCUAUCUAAGACGAAGAAAUACCUCACCGGAGGGUUUCGUACCGUCGGCGCGAUGGUGAAAGCCCUCGAAAUCCUGGACGGUGUCGGCCUUGGCCGCCCCGCUACACAGGAGCCGCGUCUACCGAACGAUAUCCUCGCGGGUAAGGUCACCGGCGCUAUUAGGCCGAGAGAUGAGAUCUUGGACGACCUCCCGAAUUACUUAGCAGCGGCCGGAGCUCAGAUAAAGCAGAUUGCCGAUGGUCGAGAGCCUGUUAACCUUAGCAACCCUACUGCGGUCGAGAGCCUCCUCAAGGAGCUAGUUAAUCAUUUUGCAAAAGUCGCGGCCGAUGGCGACAAGAUGGAAUAUAGGGGCUUCCCCGACCUGAAGAGUCCGGAGACGAACGCGCGCCCGUACGGUGAGGCUUACUAG